AUGGCUGCGUCCACCAUGUCCAUCUGCUCCAGUGCUUCCACCAACUCCUGGCAGGUGGACGACUGCCCGGAGAGCUGCUGCGAGCCCCCCUGCUGCGCCCCCAGCUGCUGCGCCCCGGCCCCCUGCCUGACCCUGGUCUGCACCCCAGUGAGCUGUGUGUCCAGCCCCUGCUGCCAGGCAGCCUGUGAGCCCAGCGCCUGCCAAUCAGGCUGCACCAGCUUCUGCACGCCCUCGUGCUGCCAGCAGUCUAGCUGCCAGCCAGCUUGCUGCACCUCCUCCCCCUGCCAGCAGGCCUGCUGUGUGCCCAUCUGCUGUGUGCCCACCUGCUCUGAGGAUUCUUCUUUUUGCUGCCAGCAAUCUAGCUGCCAGCCAGCUUGCUGCACCUCCUCCCCAAGCCAGCAGUCCUGCUGUGUGCCCGUCUGCUGCAAGCCUGUCUGCUGCAAGCCCGUCUGCUGUGUGCCUGUCUGCUCUGGGGCUUCCUCCCUGUGCUGCCAGCAGUCUAGCUGCCAGCCGGCUUGCUGCACCUCCUCCUGCUGCAGACCCUCCUCCUCUGUGUCCCUCCUCUGCCACCCUGUGUGCAGGCCCACCUGCUGCAUGCCCGUCCCCUCCUGUUGUGCACCCGCCUUCUCCUGCCAGCCCAGCUGCUGCCACCCAGCCUCCUGUGUGUCCCUCCUCUGCCGCCCUGUGUGCUCCCACCUGGCCUGCUGA